AUGACCAGGAAACAUCUCAAGGCACAGAUAACACUUGAGCAGAGACGCCAAUACAGACGACAAAACCAGCAGUCUUCGUCUGACUCUGGUUCCUCCUUCUCCUCAGAAGAUGAACGACCCAAGAAAUCCCAUGUGAAGAAUGGUGAGGUUGGCAAGCGGUGGAGACAUUCCCCUUCCCGGAGUGCUUCUCCAUCACCACAAACGCACCAAAAAGAGACUUCCCCUCAUGGUAGACGGAGGAGAAGUCCAUCCCCACCACCCACCAGAAGGCGACGGUCUCCUUCUCCCGCCCCUCAUCCUCGACGGCUCAGGACUGCCACACCACCACCACGACGAAGGACUCCUUCUCCCCUACGUCGGCGCUCACCUUCUCCUAGAAGAUACUCUCCUCCAAUACAGAGGAGAUACUCUCCUUCUCCACCUCCAAAGAGAAGAACGGCUUCACCUCCUCCCCCUCCUAAACGAAGAGCAUCACCAUUUCCACCACCAAAGCGGCGGGUCUCCCAUUCUCCACCUCCCAAACAAAGAAGUUCCCCAGUCACCAAGAGACGUUCACCUUCAUUAUCAUCCAAGCAUAGGAAAGGGUCUUCCCCAAGCCGCUCUACCCGGGAGGCCCGAUCACCACAUCCAAACAAAUGGCAUUCGCCCUCACCACGGCCUCGAGCUCCUCAGACCUCCUCAAGUCCUCCACCCGUUCGAAGAGGAGCGUCGUCAUCACCCCAAAGAAGACAGUCCCCGUCUCCAAGUACUAGGCCCAUUAGGAGAGUCUCCAGGACUCCGGAACCUAAAAAGAUAAAAAAGGCUGCUUCCCCAAGCCCACAGUCUGUAAGGAGGGUCUCAUCCUCCCGAUCUGUCUCUGGGUCUCCUGAGCCAGCAGCUAAAAAGCCCCCAGCAUCUCCAUCCCCCAUCCAGUCUCAGUCACCGUCUACAAACUGGUCACCAGCUGUACCGGUCAAAAAGGCCAAAAGCCCAACACCGAGCCCAUCACCGCCAAGAAAUUCAGAUCAAGAAGGAGGUGGAAAGAAAAAGAAGAAAAAGAAGGACAAGAAACACAAAAAGGAUAAGAAGCACAAGAAGCACAAAAAACACAAGAAGGAAAAGGCUGUGGCUGCAGCUGCUGCAGCUGCUGUGACCCCUGCAGCCAUUGCAGCUGCCACAACCACAUUAGCACAGGAAGAGCCAGUGGCAGCGCCAGAGCCGAAGAAGGAGACUGAAAGUGAAGCUGAAGAUAACCUUGAUGAUUUAGAAAAGCACCUGCGUGAAAGGGCCCUGAGAUCAAUGAGGACUUUUUUUUUUAAGAAUUAG